GAGCUUUUGCUCGCGCGCCUCAGCGUGAGCAUCCGGACAGAGGCGAUGCUGCCAGUCUCAGGUGAGCGGACGCACCCCCGUCUCAUGGCUUUUCGAGAGUCGCAGUUCGAGAGGUGCAGCGCGCAAAACGGCAACGAGCUCGUUUGGCUUGUCGCGAAGCUGACGGCCUAUUGGGUCUUGGACUUCAUCGCGCUGCUGAUGUCUGCCAUCGUCGCCAUUAUGGAGCUGGUUGCGGGGAGCCCUUGGUUUGGGGCCUUGCUGGCAGCCACGCUCUGGCUUCCAGGUUUCAUCUGGGCCUGCAGGUACCAGGCAUAUACCUUCGAUCGGAAGGCCGUGGGCAUUGGCUCCAUCAUGAUUUUACCUGUCUGCUGCGUGA